AUGGAAGAUAUUAGAAAAGUUACAACCUAUGGUGUAUUAAAACCUGGUGAAGUUUAUUUUCGUCCAACAUUUAAUGGAAGACAAUUUAUGAUUGAUUCAAAAAUUUGUUUUGUAGCAAAAUCUCCAAGUUAUCAUUUAGGUGAUAUUCGAGUUUUAAAGUUAACAUCAUAUCAACAAUUAGAACAUUUAUAUGAUGUUAUUGUUUUUCCAACAAAAGGUCAACGUCCACAUCCAAAUGAAAUUGCUGGAAGUGAUUUAGAUGGUGAUAAAUAUCUCAUUUGUUGGGAUAAUGAUUUAAUUCCAAAACAAACAAAUAAACCAAUGAAUUAUAAUUCAACAGCAAAAGUACAAGAAUCUGAAUUCAUUACACGAAAAGAAAUGAUAUCUCAUUUUGCUAAUGCACAAAAAACUAAUCAAUCAGGGAUUAUUGAUAAUUAUUAUAAUUAUUGGGCAAAUCUUCUUGGAGUUAAUUCAACACAAUGUCGUCGAUUAGCAGAAUUAUUUUCUGAAGCUGUUGAUGCUCCAAAAACUGGACAAAAAAUUCGAAUUCCAGCUGAAUUAAAACCACCAAGAAAAGAAGAAGAACAACAACAACAGUUAAAUAAUGAAAUGACUUCAAUACAACCUGUUCAAGAUAAUAAUCAACCAAAUACAAAUAAUAAUAAUAUUGAAAAAAAAGAAUUUGUUUGGAUAAAGAUGUUAAAUAAUGCGAAAAAAUUUAAAGAAGAAUUUCAAAUAAAAUUAAUCAAUGAAAAUCAAUUUAAAUCUUUAUCAAAAGAAACAUUAUUAAAUAUAUUAUAUGAACGACGAUGUCCUUAUAUAUAUAAUUAUAAUAAUGUUCAAUCAUUAAAUGAAUAUUCUUUAAUAAUUACAAUUAUUAAAUGGACUAAUGAACAAGAAAAUUCGGAUGAAAUUCUUAAAGAUUUUAUUUAUUUAUUUGAUUUUAGUCAAUUAACAAUAGAACAAAAACAAAAUAUUGAAUUAUCAUUAAAAAUUGAUCAAUCAUAUUUAUAUUCAAUAUUAAAUAAAUCAAAAUUAUUAUCAAAAGAACUUAUUAAUAAAUAUCAUUUAUCUGAUACUCCUCUAUCAUGGAGAUUAUUUUAUACUUCUCCAAAAUUAUUUAAUAUAUCAUCUCUAGUUGAAUAUGAACAAACAUUUCAACCAAUUAUUUAUGUUUUAAAACAAAAUUCUUUACAUGAAAGAACAUUAAUUAAUAUUUCUAUUGAUGAUAAUAUUACUUUAGUAUUAGAUAUUUAUAAAGAUGCUUUUCAUGAAUCUCAACAAACUAAUCAAAAUCAAUCACAAAUUAUUUUUCAAAUUCAACCAGGUAUUUCACAUUAUCAAAGAAAAACAAAAUUCUUUUACAAAUUUCACUUCAAUAAGUCUAAGAAAAUGUAUGAAAGAUAUGCUAAACAUCUCAGAAUAUAG